GGUUCUUUCGUUAAUCGUCACUAUAAAAAGCACCACCACUUUGCUGUUUUUCCCAUCCACAACACAACGAAGCAAUCACUAAUAUACUGUAGGGGUGGAAUUAGCAACAUGAAGGUGGUGCUUGCAAGUGUACUGCUUCUGUGCCUCUUACUUAGCUCAUCUUUCUUGGAUGUCUCAAUGGCUGGUUCUGAUUUUUGUGACAGCAAGUGUGGGGAGAGGUGCGCCAAGGCAGGAGUUAAGGACAGAUGCUUGAAGUACUGUGGAAUUUGCUGCCAAAAGUGUAAUUGCGUGCCGUCUGGUACUUACGGGAAUAAGGACGAGUGCCCUUGCUACAGGGACAUGAAGAACUCCAAGGGCCAGGGCAAAUGCCCUUAAUUGUUAUCUCUCUCUCUCUCAAAAAUUUUAAAUGUACCGAAAAUACUGAUGUUCUAGUUAUU